AUGCACAUGCACAAGGACAUGCAGCCCACGCUGCUCAAGCGGCCCACGUGGCUCACGCAGCUCACGUGGCCCAUGCAGCCCACGCGGCUCAUGCCGCUCACGCGGCUCAUGCCGCCCAUGCAGCCCACGCAGCACAUGCUGCCCAAGUGGCGUAUGGACAUCCGCAUCAAGCACUGCCCGGGUGAAGGUCCCAGCUUUCUCUUUAGAGGCGAAAGCUCGGGUCGUUCAGAUUCUGUCAAGCUGCCGAGGCAACAUCACAUGCACUACGCGGGAGCUCCAGUCGUGCAUGGGAUGCACCCGAUGAUGCCCGGCCAAAUGGGCAUUAUCCGAUACACUAUGCACCCCAUCCUCAUCAUCCUGGCUAUUAUGUGCCAGCAGCUCAGCGACUCUGCGUGUCGCUACUGCAAUCCCUCCAAUGCCCAACUGAAUGAUGCGAGGACAUUUUUUGAUCUCCUUACUCUUGCUCGCGACGAGUUUCACGGGCCAGGCUACCCGCCUCACUACCCGGGAUAUCCGCCGCUUGCCCGGGAAAGCCGGGACAAAGACAGCGACGAGGACCGGAAGAAGAAGAAGGAGCGUGAGGAGCCACCACCGCCGACAAAGUUCGACGAUGAUCACUGGGAGGAGCCUCGGUCACGGACCAAGCUCAAACUUCUGGGCGAGGACUGUGGCGAAGAACAUCGCAAGCUCUGGAGCUACCCGAUGACAGACGAGAACCGCCGCUGCUUCGCCGGGUACAUACCGUGCCUCCUAAAGGAGGAUGUGUGCGACAGCUUCUUCAAGAAGAUUCGGGACUCGGUGGACUGGCAACAGCCCGAGGGCCCGCUGGGUCAAAUCCCUCGCAAGACCUGCUGGAUGGUGAAAGCCGGCUGUGACUGCAAGUAUAGGUACGGAGGAAUCGAGGUGGCACCUCAGAAGUUCCCCAGCUGGAUGAACGAGCUUAUGGAGCUGGUUCUCAAGCCCUGCGGUCUCCCACAGAAAGACUGGCCCAAUUCCUGCAACCUCAACCUCUACGAGGAUGGUGGCAUGACUGUUGGCUGGCACGCUGACGACGAGAAGCUGUUCCAAGGUCGGUUUCGCGACUGCAGGAUCAUCUCCUUGUCGUUGGGUGCGACUCGGAAGUUCGAGUUGCGGCUGAACUGGCCCGAGGAAGAGGAAGCGCAGAUCACAAGGCUGACGCUCCGCGGCGGAGAUCUUCUCACUAUGGAGGGAAUGACGCAGAAGCACUUCCAGCACCGCGUCCCACGCGAAGGGACGAAGGAGCCUCGGAUCAACCUGACCUGGCGCUGGGUAAAGAAGCACUUGCCGGGGUGCCCUUCAGGGGGCCGGCGUUGA